AUUAAAAAAAAAAAGAAAAAGAAAAUCGUUGGUUGCAAAUGAGAUCAUGCUCAUUUUAUCCAGGAAUGCCACUACUGACAUUUUUGCAGAUUUUUUACCACUAUAAAUCAUGAUCCGUUUGUCUUCCUUCUCCUCUCUUUUCUAAUCUAUAUGGAUGAUAUGAUAUGACCCUUUCUUCUUCUCUGAUCUUCCUUGUUUUCCUAGAGCAUUUCUGCCAUUUCUUUUCUCUGUUUUUCAGUGGUCAUUUCUUGGAUCAACCCAAAGAUUUUUCUUCGAACACAUGAUCUGAUUUGAUUGAUCAAGUAAUUCAACAAAAAACCCACCAAGGAAAACAAAAAGAAAGCGAACUUGAUUGUUUCAAGUGCUCCAUUUUUUUAUAUUUCAAGCUGCUUUUUUCUCAGUUUUGCUUAGAUCAAGAAGAAAAAAGAGUAGAAAUAGGACUAUGGGAAAAAGCAAUAGUAGCAGAGAUUGGACUCAGAUCUAUGCCAUUUACGGUAUGGACCAAUGGCAAACCCUCGUUUUUCUGCUAUGUCACGCUGUUUUCUUCUCAUUACUUUCAAUUCUCUUCCUCUUCUACUUCGACGCCAUCUUUCACUUCUUCCAAACUUUUCUUUCCAGUCCUGGCGCAGCCCGUUUCGCCGCCGGGUUCAGCGGCGCCGUCACAGCGAUAUCUGCUGUUUGCUUGUUUUUUGCAGCGGCCAACUUUUUUUACUCCGCUGGACCGUUGCAUUACGACAUGGCGCAGCGGAUGGUGGGGUCGGUUAAUGAUUGGUCGACGGUGAAGCUGGCGCUGGAUAUCGGGUGUGGGAGAGGGAUUCUGCUCAAUGCGGUGGCGACUCAGCUGAAGAAAACUGGGAGUUCGGGUCGUGUUGUCGGGCUGGAUCGCUCUAAACGAACUACUUUGUCUACGCUGCGAACCGCCAACGUGGAAGGUGUGGGAGAGUAUGUGACGUGCAGGGAAGGUGAUGUAAGGAGUCUCCCAUUUGGGGAUAACUAUUUUGAUGUGGUGGUAUCAGCUGUGUUUGUGCACACAGUAGGAAAAGAAUACGGUCAACGCACGGUGGAGGCUGCGGCGGAGAGGAUGAGGGUGCUGGGGGAGAUGGUGAGGGUCUUGAAGCCCGGUGGUGUCGGGGUCGUGUGGGACCUCCUCCACGUGCCGGAAUACGUGCGGCGGUUACAAGAAUUAAAGAUGGAGGACAUUAGGGUUUCUAAGCGGGUAACUGCCUUCAUGGCCCGCAGCCACAUGGUAUCGUUUCGGAAGCCUAGUCAGCAUUUUGUGGGUCCCGAUGAGGUCCGGUUGGAUUGGAGAUGCUGACGUGGAAAUAUAAAAUUUGAUUUUAGUUAUGGGAAAAAAGGAAAGUGAAGUUAUACUUAAAAUCAUGAAGAUGAUGCUUGAAAAAAAAGGGAUUAAAAAUGAAAAUUAUACAUAAAAUUGAGAGUAAAUUACCUUUUUUUUUUUUUUUUUUUAAAAUCUGGGGAGACGAAGCCAAACCAGAUGUUUUUGUUGAAAUUAUACUUAAAUUAUGUAAUAUCUAUAAUAUGGUUAUCAAUUUGAGAAUUGAUAGCUAUAUUUAUGUAGUUUGAAGCAAAACUUUUUGUGAAUAAUAAAUAAGUUUUGUUAGAUGUUUCUUCUCAUG